AUGGAAAGGUCAGGUGCAGAGCAACCAUCUGCAUCCUCAGACAGAAGAGCAGCCGGAGAGGCCAAGGACGGGGACCCACCAGAGAAGCCUCUGCUUUCAGAAGACACAGGCACUGUACAGUCGGAGGAGGGCUGUGAGCAGCAGUCUCUUCUGGAGCAGUCAGCUCUGAAGGAACAAGAGCAGUUAAGUUUAGCACAGAGGGAAUCACCCAGUGCAGGACUAGACAAUCAGGAAGCAACUGGAAAUAAUGAGCAAGAUGUGUUUGAGCUAGAUGCUGUAUUCACCGCACCAUCUGAGGGUACAUCUGUUGCCAGUGAGAAUUAUUCUACCUUACUUGAAUUAAGAAAUUCAGAAAGGGAAGAACUAACUUCUCAAAACUCAGUAAAAGCAGUUCAACAGGAUUACCGGAUGCCUGAUGUCAUAACUGUCAGAGUGCAAACAGAUUCUGAUUCAGUCCAAGAUGUACUUGUGAAAAUCGAAAGGCCUACCUAUCGGAAACCAUUUCUGGGUGGAUUUAAGAACAACAUAACAGGAGUGGUAUUUCAUAAUGCAGGAUCACAAACGAUACCCAAAAAACGACCUGACAAAGGAAUUCAGUUAUUUUGUAGGGAUCCCCAGACGGUUUUUGAAAAAAAUAAGCCACAACAAACACAUAACACAACAUCAACACAGAUGACUAAAGUUGGCCUGUAUGUGUCAAACAUGACUGACAAACUAAUAACUCCUGGAAAGUAUCUUACAGCGGAAGAAUACCAUAAACGUAGACUUGAAGCAGUGAUAGUGUUACAGACCUAUUUCCGUCGUUGGCAUGCUAAAAAUGUCGUACAAAACCUGAGGGAAGAAAAGAGGUUAAGGCUGGCGUGGGAGGCACAAGAAGAGCUACGAAGGAAAAAAGAGAAAGAAGAAAAACUGAGAAGGGAGCACGAACGAAGACUGAACCCUAAAACAAAAGAAGACUUUGAGCUACUGUUCCAGGCUUUAGAAUUAUGGAGGCAGGAGGAGACUGAACGAAUCAACAGAACUCUUACUGGAGCUGAGAGAAAGGCAGCACUUUGUGGACUUCUGGAACAAGAGGCACAGCUGAUUGCUUCCAUUGGGAGACAAAAACUAAAUGCAGAUGAGGAGAAUCAACAAAAAGCAAUACUGCACUUUCUGGAUAAGUGUGCACAGCCCAAGAGAUGGAGAGCAUACGAUGGAAGGAUGACUGAAAUGGACACGCAGGACACGCUCCGUGCCAGAGAACUGCUUGAAACGUACCGCAGCGUUAGCGGGGGUGGCGUCCCAAAGGCUGAGAGGAUUGCUCUGCUCUCGGCGCUCAGGCGUACGCUGGAGGAGCAUGAAUGUAAAUUAACAAAGGAAAUACUGGAAUUAAUUGACAGGGAAGUUGAUCUUAUGUCGAGAGAGGUGAAAGAUUGCAACUUAGAAGGACUGAGGAAAAGAAUUUGUACAUUAUUUCUUCAAUAUGUUAAAACUCCAAAGUUUAACCCUGAAGUUGCUAGGCUACUUAAGGUUCCACCAGAUCCCUUAAAGCUUUAUAAAAAUGUUAACUUCUGUCAUAGUUGCAAAAAUUACUUGCCAUCAACUGAGUUUCCUGUUCCUGCUAAUUCCGGCACCAUUGGCAGAUGUCAUUUGUGUUGCAAGUUUGAUAAUGAGGCUCGCCAAAGAAAGGCAUCUUUGAAGUACAAACUUAUACUAGAAAAUCUCAGAAAGUCUGAAGCUGAUUAUCAAGAUGAUGCUAAAAUUGUUUUCUUAGUUCAG